UUGCGGAAGACUGUCGGCAGAGGGGCGCUCAGUGCAAGAAUGAUACCUGAGUUGUCACCGUCGAUAUUCAAAGAGGAAUUACUUCCAAAACCAUCAAAAAUGACAGCACAAGAAUUUCAUAAGAUAUUAACUAACAUACUUCAUAACAAUGGCCAACAAUUUAGUGAGAAAUGGACUAACGAACAAAUAAACAAGAUGUUGUUGGAAUACGCAUAUCGAGGUAGCAAUAUUACUUACAGUUCGAAUCCAUCAGAAUGA